AUGGCCGGAGUGUGCUUCGUUACCAGCUUAUACUUGAAUGUGGUCAGUGCCUGGAUCCUGUCUUACUUGGCCCAGUCCUUCCAGUUUCCAGUUCCAUGGGACAACUAUUGCUUAUUGAUGAACUCCAGUGACUUUGAUCCUGAAUGUGCACAGACAACACCUUCCAUGUACUUCUGGUACCAGGUGACCUUGAAGGCCUCAGACAGAAUUGAGGACGGUGGGCCACCAGUCUUCAGUCUGAACUUGUUCUUAUUGGUGUCCUGGUGUCUUGUUGGUUAUUUCAUUAUUAAUGGGCUCAAGUUCACUGGGAAAGUAAUGUAAGUCUUGGUACCAGUCUCCUAUUGCAUCAUCCUCUGUUUCCUCAUCCAGAGUCUACUGCUGGAAGGGGCAGUAGUUGGGCUUUAGAAUUUGAUGCUUUUCAAGAUAUCAGCUGUGUACAACAUGGAUGUAUGGUGUCAAGCAGGGAACCAAGUCUUGCUUGCCUUGGGUCUAGGCUUUGGCCCUGUUGCCUCCUUAUCCCUGCGCCUGUGCCCAUCCAGCAACUGUCUCAUUGGUGCCUUCAUUGUGGUUCUGGUCAGCCUGCUCACCAUGCUGCUGGUCACAUCUUUCUACUUCUAUGUCCUGGGCUUUUGGGCCACAGUCGUCAUGCACUGCUGCAGUGAGAAGAAUGCUGAAAUGCUUGAGAAGCUGAGAGCUGUGGGGAAAUUACGUUGUGAGGCCCAGCCCCCUUCCAACCUGGUUGACAGCCCAACCUCUGCCUUCCACUCCUGGACCAGCCUUCCCCAACGCAUGAAGAGCAGUGUCUUCAGCCACUUGAAUGACUGCAACUUAGAGAAGCAGUUUUUGAAGGUUAAGGAGGUCCCAAGCUUUGCAUUCGUGGCCUUCAUUGAAACUGUGUCAUUCAUUCCUGGGUCUGUCUUCUGGUCCAUCCUCUUCCUGUUUUUGCUGACAUUGGGGCUGAGCGCCAUGGUAGAGAUCAUGCAGGUCCUCACCCCACUCCAGGAUACCUUUUUUUUUCUCUCAGGAUACAUACAACUCUUACCCAUGGUUGUCUUUGGGCUCAUGUUCCUGUGUGGCUUCUUCACUCGACCUUCAGGGAUCUUCAUCAGCCUGCUGAAUGAAUACUGCACAGCUCCCAUCAUCACCAUCAUCAUAUUUGAAAACAUGGUUGUGGGCUGGGCCUAUGGGGGCAGGAGGUGA